GCGAUUUGGGAGCUGAUCAGCCGGCUUUGGCCCUGCCUGGGGAGGGAGAAGAAAAGGCGCAGGCGGCUGCACCAAGCUCACCUCGAUCGGGGGAGGCGGCCACCGAUGUGUUAUCCCUUCCGGCGCUUGCAGUGGUGGCCAACGGCACCCGCUUCAGUGGCGUCACAAAGUUUGGCCGCAGUUCAUCAAGGAGGACCCUGGUCCCAGACUACGCCAUGACGGAGCCAAUUGCUUCCCGAUCCCAUUUCAACGUCGUGCACGACCAGGAGAGUGACCAAUUCUACAUUAUGGAUGCGGGGUCCAAAUGGGGAACUUUCCUGAAGAUCAGCUCCAGCGUCACAUUGAGCUGCGGCAACUGGAUCCGCGUAGGCGGCGUCGAAUUCAUCGUUCGUUUCUGUGGAGGUGGUUGUCGCUGCCAAAAGAGCCAUCGACACUACCGCCUGCACUCGUUGCGACUGAUGCGCAGCCGAGCGAUGAGCCUCACCAGGCUCACACCGAGCUUCCCCGUGAUUCCGGAGGAGGCAGCAUCGCCAAAGUCCGAGAGCUCCUCCAAGAAGAAGGAAGAUCCAGCAGUGUGCCCAG